CAAGCCCAAAGCAUGCUCAAAACCUCCUGCACCUCCCCCGCCUGCCACUUCCUCCACUCCCCGAUAAAUUCCCAAGACCGGUCAUCCUGCCGUCGCAGCAAGCUGCUUCCCAAGAGCUGCAUGCUCCUCCGCUCACAGCCCGAUGAGGAUGGAAAAGCGGUCUCGCAGCUCCUCCAGGGAGUCCCACAGGAGGAACAGAGAGCCCGCAGACUCACAGGGCAGGAGAGAGAAGGUGGAGAGCAGAAGAGGAGCUAGCAAGGACAGAGAGGGGCUCAAGAGGGGGAAAGCCAAAGAGGGGAAGAGCCCCACAGAGACAGACAGCAGGGUGCUGAGCUCCACGGUGGUGGACGUGGACGAUGUGGUGUCUUUCGACGAGGAAACAGAGGUGAUGGCACUGCUGGAAAGCGAGCGGCAAGAGGAAGGGAUGACAUCUCCCAGUCGAGGUAUCUGUGAAUGGCUUCUUACCAUCUUGUCCCUUCUCUUCAUCAUAUUGACCUUCCCCGUUUCUGUCUGGUUCUGCAUGAAGAUCGUGCGGGAAUACGAGAGAGCCAUCGUGUUCCGACUUGGGCGCCUCCUUCCUGGAAGGCCCCGAGGGCCCGGCCUUUUCUUCUUCCUUCCCUGUCUGGAUACAUACCACAAGGUAGACCGUCGCCUCAAAACCCUAGAGAUCCCCUUCCAUGAGGUGGUGACCAAAGACAUGGUUACUAUGGAAAUAGAUGCUGUUUGCUACUACCGGAUGGAAAAUGCCUCUCUUCUCCUAACCAGUGUGGCCAACCUCUCCAGCGCUGUCCAGCUGCUGGUGCAGACAACCAUGAAGCGCUUGCUGGCCCAUCGAUCCUUCAGUGAAAUCCUCCUGGAGAGGAAGAGCAUUGGCCAGGAAAUGAAGGUUGCCUUGGAUGCAGUCACAUGUCGCUGGGGAAUCAAGGUGGAGAGAACAGAAAUCAACCACGUGCGGCUGCCAGCUGAACUGCAGCAGUCCCUGGCAGUGGAAGCAGAGGCCCAGAGACAGGCCAAAGUGCGGGUGAUCGCUGCCGAGGGGGAGAAGGCUGCCUCCGAAUCCUUGAAGAUGGCAGCCGAUAUCUUAGCCAGUUCCCCAGCUGCUGUCCAGCUCCGUUACCUGCACAUGCUGCAAUGCCUGUCUGCCGAGAAACCUUCCACUAUCGUCCUCCCUUUGCCCUUUGACCUAAUGAAUCUUGCAUCUGCGGCUAGCCACAACUCCACGGGCAGCAGCCUUCCCACCAGCGCUCCCAAUCACCCUGAGGUUCCAAAGGACAAGAAGGACUCCCCCAUGCUAUAGAGCCAUGCCAGGGGAAGCUGGCACUCAGGCGGGGCUGCCAUGCUGAUGAACACCUUCUACCAGGUCACUUAUCUUCAAACAAGCGCCGUGGACUGGCCUGCACCAUACCAACCCCCCAGCAUGAACUGUGGAGGGGUUGGGAUGGGAAAUGAGCAGGGGCCUGUGAUAUAAAGUGGGCUGGACACAGACCUUUGAGUUUGCUUUGAAGAAACAUUCCAGCUCAUCCCGUGUGUGGGGUGCAGGAAUGGCACACCCUCUGCGUCUCACCAUUUCAUUGCUCCUUUCACCCUGCUGUGCUGAGGAGCAGAGGGGUGCUAUAACUGCUUCCCCCAGCCCCAGAGCUGGAGCCCUAGAGAUGGCCUCUAUCGUUCCAGUUAGGCUGGCUGGAUAGACUAGGAAUGUUUUUAUUAAGGCCCAAAAUAUCAACCUCUCUCUUCCCAACCUCCACAACAUGAUCUGGCUGGAAUCAUGUGCACUGCAGAAGCCCGGUGCCCAGGAGAAGUGAGGAGGCCCAAAGGGGCACCCCGCUGUAACAUAUCAGUCAGAGGCUGUGCAUUAUCCAGGGCUCCAUACGCUUGGGCAGCGCUUGAGAUCUUCCUGCUGUGUCACUCAUUGCGAGGUGGGCAUCUCCUCAAAGAGGGGUGGCUGGUAAGAAGCGCUGGCCCAGGUACAUGAGACCUCAUGAGUGAACCCCUCUGGAGACAGGUUUCGCUACCUUCACCCCCCUCCCUGGGUGGAACCCCCAUGGUGUUGGGCUGAUCCCUUGACUGGGUUUCUGGGCUGCAGCCCCCUGCCUCCCAAUCAUAGCUGGCCCAGCUGGGCUGGGCCCCUGUAAACCCUUUGCCUCCAGAAGCCUGGGGCAUCAGCUGACUAAAGUGACGGAAAACAAGGGCUUCAGACUUACAUAUUAAUCAUUCACUGAGCCAAGGGAUCACACGAUACAGGCCUAGCCACACCUUCCCUCUCUCUUACACUUUCAGCUUCCCUUGCAGCCUUUGGCAAGGUCCUCUCACCCACUUACCUUCAUCUCCAGCUGGAACAGCCUGCCUGCUGCAGGUGCUCCCUCAAUCAGUGUGUCUCUGGUAGUAUCCCCCACGCAGGCAGCUGAUGUUGACCCACCUCCCAAAACCAGGGGAGGAGCUUUAUAGCUGUUCCUGGUCUUUUACAGUGCUAGGCUUUCACCCCCGGCACCUCCUCUGCCUGCCGCCUGGAGAACAGCAUCUUCCCACGUAAUAGCCUCAACCAGUGUCAUCUUAGCUCCCUUGAAGCUGUUUCCCCCAGGUGGCUUAUCCCAACUAUUGCUUCAUUUCCUGCUUGUUUACCCCAAUAGCCUCCUUUGGCUGUACCGCAGACAGAUGGGCAGGCUAAUGCCAACCAGGUAAACUGAGGCACAUAGGGUGCUCAUGAAAGCUAAUACCAAUAGCUCCUGCAUUCUCCACCUGUGCAGCCAAAGCAUUGACUGCAAAGGGCAAAUUAGGGCUGGAGCAGUAAGUGGGCAGCCCCUGGGGAAUAGUGUCCCCCGAGAUCUGUCACUCACCAGCUGUUGGAUUCUGGGCUGAGGUAGCUGAGCCAGGGAGAGCAAACGGGCAGCACAGCAGAAAGCAAGGUGGGGUCCUUGUUGUUCCAGCUCCUUUCUCUGUGUUAAUCUCAAUUGUUAAUGAGCUCCAGCAGCAGCCCAGUGGCCUGGUGCUGCCCAAGGUUUGAGUGGGAGGGGCUGGAGGCCAAGCUGGCACACAUCUGGCUGUGGGGUGGGGAAGGGGCACAGCCUGCAGCCAGGCUGACACAGAUCAGCCACACUGGCUCCUAGCAGCACUGCCAUCCCCAGGGGAGCUGCUGCCCUUCUGCCCUAGAGGAGUGAGCGGGGCCCCGGGCUUUGUGGGGUGGAGGCAGCCCACUGCGAAGGCUUAGCACCCCCCAUCCAGACCAGUCUCCUCCAUGGAGGAUUUUGGUUGGGUGAAGGAGGUGAAAGACAAGCCCCUUUAUGGCCUGGAAGCCUGUGCCUGAAAUGGACACUCCAGCCAUCUGUGGGGUAAGCGAGUUGUAUUGCUGCUUGUUGCUACUAAUGGCGCCCUAGGAGAGGACACAGGCAAAGUUCUCGUGAGACAUGAACCUGGUAAGAGAGAUGGGAUCUUAUUAGGGGACUAAAGGCAAACUAAAGGGAUAAACUACAAAUCCUGAUGUACUUCCCCUGAGAUAGUGAAAGCAGGGAGCUAAUAACUGUCAUGAAUUUUAUAGAUAACAGCAACAUUUCUAUAGCUUUCUUCAACUGCCCCGUACGUCCUAUGCGAUGAUUCUCUAUUCAGUUCUGUCGGAUGGUCCACAGAACAGGUAGAAUGCUCAAAAAACCCCAACAGAACUAAGCAUCAUCUCUCCAGAAGGCUCUUUAAAUAUCUGUAGCUCCCUAUUCAAUUUGAUAGACCUUUCUCCAUAGCAAAAGUAUGCAGCAUGUUCUAGCAAAUCCUGUACAGCCCUAGUACUGCACUGUAUUCCUGACCAUCUGUCCCCCAGGUCUGGGACUCCCCACAGCUCUGAUACUGCCCCUCUCACCUACCUUUGAGUACCUCCUGGAGGCAGUGCAGCCUAACUGAUAGGGCAUGGACUGGGACUCAGGAGACCUGGAUCCUAUUUGGUGCUCUGUCACUUACAUGGGUGAUCUUGGGCAAGUCUCUUCCCCUCUCUGUGGCUCAGUUUCCCCAUCUGUGACCUGGGGAUAAUACCAACCUCCGCCAUAAAGUGCUUUGAGAUCUAUGGCUGGGAAGAGCUAUAAGAGCUGGAUAUUAUUAAUAAUAAUAAUUAUAAUUACAGCAAAUUGCCAACCCAGCCAAAUUGCUCUGGUGUGUGGAGGUAGUUCACUGCCCAUCAAUGUUGAGCUGGAGAGUGCCUUGCGAUCUCUCCCCUGGACAAAUGCACACUCAGUAAUGUUUCAGGAUGGGUAGUCCCAGCCAGUGGCAUCUAGGCCAUUCGCUCCCUGCACCCUCUGGCUAUUGUAUUUGUACAUCUCUUUUCACUCAGCCCUUGCUUGCUGCUGACUACUGUAAAAGGAGACCAUGUGCUGCUGGGGUAAGUUUCCUGAUAGUGAUGCCUCACUAUAAUGCAUCAGCAUAAUGGAGAUGGACUAGCACAUAAAGGGUUAACCCUCUGACUAUUAUGGAUAAGGAUCCUCAUUGCCAGUGAAGCGAUCAGGCCAAAGCCCUGAGCAGCUUGUGCCAUCCUGGGCCUCCAGCCCUCCUUCCUCUCCUUCCACUCUGCAGCCAACCUUCUGGCUGCUGCAUCCACUUUGGGAUUCCUUCCCUACCUGCCUCCAGAACCCCUUAUCCUCCCAUUUCCCUACUUCACCCUCCAUCUUUAGAGGUAUUAGCUAGUGUUCUAAGACUAAGGACAUUCUCAGCCAAAUGUCUGAGCAGGUGGGAAGGGAGAAACUGGCUUUGGAAAAUUUGGCACCAGCCUCAGUUAGUCUCCACUGAAGAACAUGAGCUGAGUGGAGAGGCCCUCCUGGCUAGUUCAGAUUAUUGAACAAAGGCAGCUCAUCGGUCCCCACCUCCCAGCCUGGGACCCAUUGCAGCAAUGUAGCUUCAGAGGGAAAUGUGUCGAUCAAGCUAAAUAGUUUGUUUUCCCCCAGAUGUUUCUCCUGCUGAAUUUCAAACUCUGUACAGAAUGUUCACUCUAGACAGACUCUCAGGAGUAAGUUACACACCUGGCAUGUUUUUAGGGCUGUUCUUUAAAUACCUGAGAGGAGGGACUCUGAGGAUCACCAUGGAAACAACACAACCAACCUCAGUCAGACACCAUCAAGUUAAUAGGUCAGGAAACACAUUGUACAUCAGCCCUAACCAAGCACACACACACUGCAGGCAGGGGGAGCACUGAAGGUGCAGGCAGGAGCACAGAAAGGAGCAAGACACAGGAACAAGCACAGGAAGGAGUGGUGGAGCACUUGGAGAAGGACAGGCAGAGGUGCAAGGGGGGGGAGGAUGGGAAGAAGAGCAGCAGCAUAGGCAGGAGUGCUGGAAAGAGCAGUAGAUGUGCCUGGGGAGAGCACUGAAGGCACAGGAAGGAGAGUGGGGAAGAGUGUGGGCAGAGGCACCAGGAGAAAGGAAUGAAGGAGUGGUGGAGGCACAGAAUGUAUUUACCAGGAAUGUAAACUGCUUUCUUAUCAACUACCAGUGUGUCGGGAUAGAAUGUAUUGGGAAAUCAGUUCUUAUACGUAAAAGGUUAAAAAGUAUUGAUUAAAAUACAGGAAUUGGUUAUUAUAGCAACUAUAAGUAUAAAUGGAAAAGGGGUGUUAUGUAACCAAAAUAAGAAAAUAGUCAGUGAAUAAGAAUGUUAUAUUGGAAGUCCUUUAUAUUCAUGUUAAAUUCUAUAAACUGUAUGCUAUGUAGACGCUGUGACCUUUGUAAGAACUCCUGUCUUCUGCUACGUAUCUGCACUGGAGAAUGCAAAACCUAAGAUACCUUUAAACUUUGCUAAUUUCUAAAACACUAUGCCUAAAAUAUUGCGUACAUGCAUCUGUGUUUUUGUGUAAUGUGCAGGAUCUGUAUAACUAUCAAAAUGUAAACCAUAUGCCAUCUUGAAACUUACAACAUACUACCCGCAUCCUGGGGUAAAAAUUUAUUGAGCCUCACCAUCAGUGAAAAACAUGUAAAAGAAAACAGUUAAAAAGGUGUAUUAGGUAAAGUGGUCUAGGAAACUGAUGCAACUCUUCCCAGUUAGGCAGAAAUACAGAAGGGGGAAGCAGAGAAUUUUGAGACGGUGUGACCGCUGCCAUUGCUGUCUUCCAAAGGGGUUGGUAACAUAUGUACUCUUCCUUUCUGUAUUAUGCUGUAUUAAUCUUUGAUUAAUAACUUGAUCAAGCCUAGUUAUUGGACAUCUCUGAUUAAUUGCUAUUGAACCUGCAACAGACCAUUCUUAAGUCAUUAUGCAAUGAUGCAAACGCUAAUGAUAAGGCCAAACACAGGGAUUUGA